UAUGGGCACUCGCGCAGCUGCUUGUAAGUUGAAAAUUAUUUUAAUACAUAAUACAUUUAAUAGUCAAAUAAAAUCUAUAUAUACGAGUAUACUUACCAUAUGUAAGUAUAAUAUAUUAGACCUUUUUCCUGCGAUCUAUUCCGAGCUUUUAUAUAAUGUUUAUACAUAUAAAAGGCCACACUAUACUCGAAUAGUCCAAUAAGCCGUUGAAAAGUUUCUUAAAAUAGUUUUACGUUUGCUUGAAUAGAUCUCUAGCGGGCACAGAUCCAGCAGAUGGUCCAGAGACAUACAUAAGUACAUAUAUAACUUUAUAUAUAGUCAUAUUGCGUUCAUAUCUUAUACCUUAAUUUUAAAUAUUAAGCCUAAACAUUUAUCUAAUGGGUUAGACAAUUCUUACAAAAAGUGUAUAAUAAAAUUUGCUUGAUAUCAACCACUUUUGUCCGACUAUUGUUACCAAUAAUUAUCGAAUUUAUCUCUCCGAAAUUUUUCUUAUCUCUACAAUUAAGUAGAGGUGUAAAAUGAUGGAAAUUCACACUGCUUUUAACUUUAAUGUUGAGCUAUUUGGUCGAAGAGACUGAAAUCCAUAUCGUAGUCUUCUUCUGACUCUGACUCUCUUGCUGCCUUCCUGUCUAUACUAAAAAGUAUUUGCCGGAAGUAAUUUUAGGUAGUGGGUUAGGGGUAAUUUAUUGUUACAAGUAAUCAGCACUAUAAAAGUGAAACAUAUAGCAAUUGAAGCACCCUUCACCUGAUGACUGGCUAGACUUCACUUGGGUUCAUUUAAUUAGUCUUUUAAAAGUCGCAAAUAAUUAAAAGCGCAUCAGAAGCGUUAAUGACUUUGCGCCCUAUGUAUUUUAAAUGAAAAGCCAUAAAUAUUUCACUUUACACCAACACCGCAACUGUGCUAGACAACUUUUUUGCUGAGUAGUAGUCAGCUCAAAAAAACACAUAAACAUAAAUAAGAUAUCACGAAAUCAGACAAUAUGGUGAGAAUCAGUGACAUUUUUGCAAGGAUUAUAAUUUUACAAGCUGUGCUCGGAGAAUGUCAUGGUUCCUUUUUUAAACUGACGAAAAUGGAAUGUCGAGAUGUCAAUGAAAAUUUAAUGCGCGUCAACGUCUGUCGGCUCAAAGCUGUGAAGCGUGACGUCACCGAGGCAACGAUUCGUUUGCAAUUUCUCCAGCGUGUGGAUAAGUGGACUAUACACAUAGAGCUGCUACGCAAAUACAACACCUAUCAAACAUUCUCGAUUAAUAAAACCUUCGAUAUUUGCGCUUUCUUCAAAAACCGAAAGGAAGCUGUCUAUUUAAAUAUUUUAUAUAAAUUGAUAGAAAAGUAUACGAAUGCCAAUCACUCUUGUCCUUAUCAGGGAGAAUUAAUCGUAGACCGCUUUAGACCACUGCAUGCUAAUUUUAUUUUGCCAAUUCCCACCGGCGACUAUCUACUUAAGCUCGUCUUCUUUAACGCAAAAACAAUGUCUCUCAGUUUAUUUGUGUGGUUUGGUUUCAAGGAAUUGGAAAAAUGGGAAAAACACGAUGAAUAAAGAGAUAAUCAUUCGGAAAUUUCUGGUGUCUGGUGUAAAUUUUCUGCCCGCAUGGCCUAAUAUUAUUAUCAUUAAAUUUUUUAUAAUUUUUUUUUAAUACUUGUUUUUAAGCCGUGCUUAAUCAAUCUAUUAUAUCUAAAAUAAUUAAAAACAUAUUAAAUAAAGUGAAUGAAGUAAUUAUAAUAAAUUAUGCGCUUUUACAAAACAAAACAACAGGCAUUUAGAACUAA